AUGGAACCAGUUGAUUUAGACGCACUUAUUUAUAUUUUUAUACAGUUUAUUAUUGAUUUAGUUUUGCGAGAAGCUUUCGAUUCGAUUCAAAGCAAAAUCGAAGAAAUGCUGCUAGCUUAUGGUUUACCAGAUGAAACAGUAAAUGUCAUUAUGAGGCUUUAUAAAAGUACAUAUCCAACAGUACGAUCUCCAGAUAGCAAUACAGAUUUCUUUGAAAUUGUCGCCAGAGUACUACAAGGUGACACUUUAGCACAUCGUAUCUUUUGCUUGGAUUACGUUCUCAGAAUAUCUGUCGAUAAUGGAUUCACACUACAUCCACGAAGGAGUAAAAGAUAUCCUGCUACGAAAAUCACUGAUGCAGAUUAUGCUGAUAGCUUAGUGCUUCUCUGUAAUCUAAUAAUCCAAACCAAACCCACUCUCCAUAGCCCUGAAUAUUUAACCAGAAGUAUCGAUCUCCAUAUUAACUCAGACAAAACAGAAUGCUCAUUGAAGUGUGGCCUUAUUAGGCAUCAAAUCCUAAGAUCAAUACUCGAUCAUAUUGACCACUUAUUUCGAACAG